AUGUUCGAGGACACUGUAACGGAGAUUAUUAAUGAUAAUACUCCCGCUUCGGCCUCCAAUUCGGCCUUCACUUCUGCUCCAACUACUGCUUCUACUAAUGCUGCCUCCAAGCAACCUACUGCUAAAAAGGUAGAUGGCACAAAGCGGAAAAAGCUCCAGCAAGUAUGGGAUCAGAAAAAUGCUAUUGUCCUUUCCUACGUGGCCUCGUCACUUAACGCCACAAUGCUAGUCUACAUUCGCCGAGGCAACACUACUGCACAGGUUUACGAGGAGCUCCGUGGUCUCUGUGAGGCGAAAACCUUCUUCACUGUUGGCAACAAGGUCAACAAAUGGGCUACAUGGAAGUACGAACCAGGCAUUAAACCAGAAGGAUUUGUCACAAAGUGGCGUCACUUGUUCACUGAAAUGCAAGAAGCUUUGCCGAUUAAGCAACGUGUUUCACCUCGCUAUGGCAUCUACAUGUUGGAAAUCCCUAUGUUCUUAUAG